CGGAAGUACGGGCAGGAAAAAUCCCGGAGAGUAAUAGAAGGGCAGCUGUCAGCUGAAGGAGCCGCCAUGCAGAAACAAAUUCCUCAGAUGGUUGACCCGACCUUAGCAGAAAUGGGAAAGAAUCUGGACGAAGCAAUGAAAAUAUUGGAAGAUAAUCAGAGGCCAUCUGAGGAAGAGAAAGAUGGAAAGAAAUACACAAGAAAGGAUAUUCCUGGACCACUUCAAGGAAGUGGUCAAAACAUGGUGAGCGUUUUGCAGUUAGUUCAGAAUCUCAUGCAUGACGAUGAGGAGGAGCAGUCCCCAUCAUUACGAAGAAUCCAGAAUGUUGGUGAGCAAGGUCACAUGGCCCUCCUGGGACACAGUUUGGCUGCUUAUAUAUCUGUACUUGACAGAGAGCACCUUAGAAAACUCACCACCAGAAUCCUUUCAGACACAACACUAUGGCUCUGCAGGCUCUUCAGAUAUGAUAACGGUUCUGCCUACUAUCAUGAAGAUGAUCGAGAGGGACUUCUUAAAGUGUGCAGGCUUGUUAUCCAUUCACGCUAUGAGGAUUACACAACGGAUGGAUUCAAUGUCUUAUACAACAAACUGCCUGUCAUCUACAUCAGCGCUGCCUCCAGACCUGGGCUGGGCCAGUCUGUCUGUAACCAGCUGGGCCUUCCGCUCUCCUGUUUAUGCCGUGUGCCUUGCAAUACCAUGUUUGGAUCCCAGCAUGAAAUGGAUGUGGCCUUACUGGACCGACUUAUAAAAGAUGACAUCCAGUCUGGAAAAUGCCCUCUACUUUUAGUGGCCAACGCAGGUACUCCAGGAGCAGGUCACACAGACAAACUGGGCCGACUGAAGGAACUUUGUGACCAGUACAAUAUAUGGCUGCAUGUAGAGGGAGUCAAUUUGGCAACACUGGCUUUAGGUUACGUCAGUUCUUCUGUUUUGGCUGCCACCAAGUGCGACAGCAUGACCCUUACACUGGGCCCGUGGCUUGGUCUCCCUGCUGUUCCUGCUGUUACAUUGUAUCGACAUGAGGAUCCCUCUCUGUCUCUUGCUGCCGGCCUCACAUCCAGUCAGCCUGUUGAAAAGCUCCGUGCUCUGCCUCUGUGGUUAUCUUUGCAGUAUCUUGGACACAGUGGCAUUGUAGAGCGGAUAAAACAUGCAUCUCAACUGAGUCAGAAACUACUGGAAAAUCUUAAGAACCUGAGUCCAGUUAAGACUCCGGUGGAGAAUGAUGGCAGCUCCCCUGUGGUGGUGUUCCGAUUCGUUUAUGAAGGUUGCAAAUCAGACUCGACUUUAAACUUGAGCACCAUAGAAAGAGACAGCGAUGCUCUGAAUCAGUGGCUAGGGGAUCAGCUGGCUGCUCUUGUUCCUUCCAGCGGAGUGGACAUAGUAGAACUGGAAGAUGAAGGCACGUGCGUGCGCUUUAAUCCACUAAUGACCUGUGCAGUCUUAGGAACUACCGCUGAAGAUGUUGAGCAGCUGGUCGCUUGCCUCAGAAUGAAGAUCCCAGUCCUUGAGAAUACACUCAGACUCAAGGAAGAAUUCAGACAAGAGGUAGAAAGGAUAGCAGGACUGUCUUACAUCAAUGACUACAGCUGGGCCGGACUUGGUGUUUUAAGGUAUGAACAGUUCAGCGAGGAACAGGAUGCUGCCAAGAGAGAAGCCGAUCUGGAAAAGAUUACUGUUGCUCUUCUGAAGAAGCUCAAUGAGCUGGAAACAGAUCUGACAUUUUGUUCAGGGCCAGAAUUUGGUGCAGAAAAGAACUGUAUCUACAUCGGAAUGGCAUCGGAGGACCUGGAUGUUUCAGAAUUGGUAGAAACCAUUACAGCCAUGGGCAGAGAAAUUGAGGAAAAUUCAAGGCUGCUGGAAAACAUGACAGAAGUUGUCAGAAAGGGCAUUUUGGAAGCAGAAGUGCAGCUUAACAAGGCCAACGAGGAAAGGCUUUUGGAGGAGGGUGUCCUACGGCAGAUUCCAUUAGUGGGAUCAAUGCUAAAUUGGCUUUCGCCUGUCCAAGCCACACCAAAGGGAAGAACAUUCAAUUUGACAGCAGGAUCUCUGGAGACCACAGAAAUGACUUACAUAUCUAAAGCACAAACAACUGGAUUGACGCCACCUCCAACUCCAACAUCCGCACAUGGAAAAAGACAAGCAGGUCAGAAGCUGUUUAAAAGACUAUCGAGAAAUUCUGAUGCAAUGAGUGAGACCAGCUCCAUCAGUCACUUGGAAGAAGUAGAGAGCCUUGAAGCCCUGCCAAUGCCAGAAUAUGAUUCUUCAGCAGCAGAAAACUCUGCAAUGGGAGAACCGUUUGCAACAGCUGAGCAAUCCUCAACGCCUUCCAUUGUUCCCACCGAAACCUCCAGCGAGGGAUCCCAGGAACCCAGCAUUCCCAGCGCAAACACAGCGGAAUCAGAUAGUCUAAGAUAAAACGAGGUCUGACAAUGACCCAACUUAAACGCCAGGGUGUGUAACCCGUUUAAAAUGGGAACGGUGCGACUGGAGUCUACAGUAAAGACUACUGUACUAAAUUAUUAAUCUGCACAAAUAAUCUUAGGCUUUCUUGUAUGGCACAGUAAGCUUGGCCAACGUUACUGCUGCUAUUAAACAAAUAGUAAUUCAACUUCUCUGCCAGUUCUUGCACUACCAAGUAUGUUCUUGAUCAUUCUGUAAUCAAAACUCUUUUUCUCAUUUCGGUUAUUGGUUUGGGUAGAGCUUCCAUUUACCACCAGACGUUGUUAUUUAACUUAAUGAUCGUAUUAUAUAUAAUGUAAAAUUGAUUUGUGUGUUCUGGUUUGUACAGCUUGGUGCCUUGAAGGAAAAGUCCCACCCAGUAAGGGAUUUUGUUUGUACAGGUGUAGGAUCCGUCAUCCAGAAAGUUCCAAAUUACGGAAUGAACAUCUCCCAUAGACUCCAUUAUAAUCAAAUAAUCCAAAUUUUUAAAAAGGAUUCACUUUUUCUCUGUAACAAUAAAACAGUAUCUUGUACUUGAUCCAAA